AUGAUUGAGGAUUACAUACACCAUUCAAUGACAGUUGUACUUGCUGAACAGACAGCUCUUCGUCAAAUUGAAUCUAUAAUUAAUCAGAGUGGUAAAACUUUAACUGAUUAUAAUUUGCCUACAUUAGAUCAGUUAUUAGAUAAUGUCCUAGAAAAUGAUGAUGGAGAUAUUCAGGUAUUUAUUGAUGAAGCAAAUCGAGUUAGACCAUUAUUAAACGAUAAUCAGCGUACUGUAGCUGAUGCAAUCCUUGCUGCACUUAGUGAAGAACCUAAUAAUGAAAAUAAGCAUUCAAGAUUUUUCUUUAUGGAUGGGCCUGCCGGUUGUGCUGCAGGGACAGGAACAGCUGCAACUCUUCUUAACAAUGGAUGCACAUUGCACGGCUUAUUCAAACUUCCUGUUCCAAUUUUGGAAACUAGCACAUGUAAUGUAACUCCAAACUCCAUUCAUGGUAGAUUCCUGAAACAAGUUAGUUUAUAUUUACUCGAUGAAGCAUCUAUGAUAGCUAAACAUGCUUUGAGUGCCAUUGAUAAGUUAUUACAAGAUAUUUGUAAUAAUAAGUUUCCUUUUGGUGGUAAAGUUAUUCUUAUGGGUGGAGAUUUUCGACAAAUACUUCCAGUUGUGAAGAGAGGUCGACCAGCAGAUGUUCUUUUAAAGCUUGGAAGUGGAACAUUACCUGUCAAGCCUGAAGAUCCUUUGCAAGGGUGUAUUGAAAUACCUGAGCAGUGUUUUCUCAAUGAUAAUGAAUCUAUUGUGGAAAAGAUUUUUGGUGGUGCAAAAGAAGCUGAUUAUGCAAAACGUGCUAUUUUAACACCAACAAAUGUUGAUUCAUUGGCAAUAAAUGAAGAAGUCCUUCAUCGAUUACCGGGUGAUGUUAAAACUUAUUUAAGUUCAGAUAGCAUUGAAACUGAUGAUCAUAAUGAAAUUUAUAAUUUUCCAAAUGAGUUUUUAAAUACUUUGACUCCAUCAGGUAUGCCUGUUCAUUGCCUAAAGUUGAAAAUUGGUGCUGUUAUAAUGCUACUUAGAAAUUUAGAUCUCAAAGGUGGACUUUGUAAUGGAACACGUUUGAUGGUGCGUGCACUACACAACAAUUACAUUAAUGGUGAGGUUCUAACAGGUGUAUCAGCUGGUAACAGGGUAUUUGUUCCUCGAGUUCAAUUAGCUCCAUCAGAUUCAAAUUUACCUUUUACACUUAAACGUCAAUUUCCAGUUAGGUUAGCAUACUCAAUGACCAUAAAUAAAAGUCAAGGUCAAACAUUUGAUAAAGUAAAGGUGAUAUUGCGGAUUUAUAUACCGUCGGCUGGUAUGGCUAAUACUGUCUUCAUAAAGCUAUUAGCGACAACUUGA